AUGGAAUCGGACCAGAUUAGCAAACUACGUAGUGGGAUAGAAACGACCCUGCGAAGCGGUAUUUAUGACCGGCGUUGAUACAAUUGGUUAGGGCUCUGCUCAACCUCAAUUUCGCAACUCCUAAUGAACUGCAGUAAGUAUGUUAUCGAAGUCCUUGUCAUUCAGUGGUGGUGGUCCUUUAUCGGACGAAGAGGUUGCCAGCACGACAAAGUGCUUCAACGGGCUCUAAAACAUGGAUAUGGUGCAAAAACGUUUGAGCUCUGGCUCUUCGACGAGCAAGACAGCUUCGGUCCUCGCCAAGCGGGCAACGAAUACGACCGUCGACAUGAGCAAACAGUGUGGGAUAACUGAGAAUGGCGGUAUCUCAGUAAAGGCCAAUGGCUGCUGUCCAGCACUAACGAUGAGAGGUGGCGAUCGAACAGUAGAUCAAUGCCCGUUAUGAAGUGGGUUUGUUGAAGUAUUUAUCGCCUAAUGCUCAGACCAGGAGAAUAAGCAUAAAGAUGUCGGACGUGGUACCUACUUAGAUCAGAAUAUCCAUGAGCAGAUACGAAUAUGUUGAACCUGGUACUGGAUGCUCAGCGUGAAAGUAAUUGCACAGGGAAUGCAGAUGCAAGAUGUUGUCCGAAAACGCUAUCUAUCAGUAUCGCAAGUGAGAUGAAAAUAGACGUACCGACUUCUUUAAUAUUACUAUGUCAGAGUAGUUUAUAGCACGCAUGGUGCAUGGAGUAGCAUGGAGUGCAUGGAGCGCAGAGCUUUAAGGGGCGCAAGAAGCUCCCCCUUUAGCUCCAUGCUACUCCAUGUGAUCCAUGCACUCCAUGCCAUGCGAGCUGCGAAACCUUAUAAAUUGCUCUGCUAUGUUUCUCCCUCUUCAUAAACCUGGCAUUGUGCGUUCGCGGAAGAGACGGGCCCAGCCGGAUCAGAUACUGCGUCUUGCAGCUGCAAACACUGUUGUGGAGACCCAGCCGUGGUAGACGAUGAAUGCGCAACAGUAUCCGGAUGUGCAACAGUACUAAAUAGUUCCCGGCGGAUAUCUCACUCCUAAGUUGUUGCCUGCAUCCAGAAGUUGUGGUGGAGUUGCCACCGAUAUUGCUUCAACCUAUGGUGCAUGAUCACCAUGGUGGAUAAUCAUCAUCACUGAAGAGACCAAUGAUUUGUACAACCUUCAAUCUCACCCUCUGUAGUGGUUGAAAGACUCUCUUUACCCUCGAAUUUUUCUAGGCUAUUGGUCGGGCUGCAAACGAUACCAGCGGACUAAAAAUCGUAGACAGAGGCGCGGCCUGCAAGCAGUGUGUCGGCGGCGAUAAGUACUGCCAUACAAACCUACGAGCUUGAUAAUGUAUUGCAAAUACUUAUAGAUACUACUAGUUCUUAGUAUGACCAUAAGUUACCGCAACGACGAGUAGGAUGGAUCAGGACAACGAAUAAGCCAAUGAUUAACCACUCUCAAUAAAUUCCAGUCGCGCAACAUACUUUUACUCAUAUUACGCGCACCACUACCACCACCACCACCACCACUACCACCCAAACAAUGUCGGCCUCGUUCCUCUUCGAAGAGGAAGAGCUAUCUUCUAUAAAAUUUUCUAACAAUCGGAUGCGAAGGGCUCAUUGUAUUGCCAUCGACAGACAACGGCUUCGUGCGUGGACAGUACGAACAGUGCGUGAGCUCCGACGCAAGUAUCCGUACAGGAAGCAUUUCGGUCUGGAUAGCCAGCUCCCUAGCUCUUCUGUGCUCGUUGUAUAUUUUUUAAGGAGCAUCAGAAGCCACCACCAGGCUUUCUUUCAUUCUCUCGAUUACUUAUUCAGAUCGACUAAGCUUUUCUUUUUCUCAUCAUAGAAGUUUUUGCUGCUUUUGAGUAGUACUUUCAGUUUCACGCACACACACAUGAUAAAGUAAAUUCGCGCACCAAGAGGUAUACAAAUCUAAUGACUGCAAGUCCAUAUUUGUUUUCGUGAUAGAUUCUACCUGUGGCAUAGGCACCAGAUAAAUUGAUGUACUCCUCGUAUAUUCAUCCUGAUGAUUGUGAUCACUUAUUCCAAUACUAGGACUACUAGCAUCUUCCCCGUAAAAGUCCGAGCCAUGAUAUAACUACGAAAGAAGCUAAAAAAAGCGACAAUCAAAAAGUUCCACCGGGCACAUGCAUCAUGUACAUCUCUUUCAUUGUUAAUGUUGACGUUCAAUCUGACUCUGAAAGAAAAAGAAUAUGUUGGAUCGAUAGUUGUAGAGAAUGGGCAUAGUGUGAACAUCGUACUAGUCUUGAAUUAUAGCUAGACACCAGCACUUGAACUAACGCUCACCAGCCAUUGUUCCUGAUAUAUUUUUUUGUACUUUAUAGCGGCCGUAGAGCCGUGGACCUUCAACUUUGAACCUUGUUGAUGUGAGUGAGAGGACGAGAUGGAGAGCGAUUGGGCCAUGAAGAAUGCGUCGUACACGAACAAGAGAAUCAGAGUGUCUAAAAGCUUCCCACAUAUUAUACACCGCUGUAGUUCUCAACACUGUCUGCAAAUGGAAGAUGUUGCUCUCAUUUUUUACUUGAUAUUUACCCAUGCUUUUGAAUGAUUUCCG